GAGGGAAGAAGCAGAAGAAGAAGGUCGGUCAUAGCUUCUAGUGUAGCCAUGAUUGUCCAUCACGCCGGAUGUUCCCUGGAGCGCAUCGAACCCGAGUCAGCCUCGGUCGGUUACUCUGUGCGCUACACGGGGAUAGCCGUCUGCUCCGUCUUGGGCGUGGCCACGGUCGUUCUGUCCCUGUUCUUAUUCACCAAGCUCGUUCUGAAGGCGUCGGACGACGCGUCGGCUCGCAGGAGGAUGCGCGUCGUGGAGCGCGGUGGCUUGCCGAAGGAAAACGCGACGAGCAGGCCGACGACCAAGAGCCUGGACGACCUGAUCCGCUCCUUCUUCAGCCACUCGCCGACCGACGGAGACGACCGGCUGAGUCGAGCGACGCGCCAGUCGCACAACGACAGCGCGUACCGGCCGCACCUGGAAGCCGCCGCCGCCGAGAACGAUGGCAACGACGACGUGCAGAUACCGUACGUGGCCCCGCAGGCCGCGUCUACCGAGUCGCCCACGACGACCACCCCGUCGGCGCUGGGUCUCGGAGGGGGCACGCAGGCGUCGCGCCAUCGCGCGCGAUUCUACGGACGCAAGAGCCACCUGGAGGACGGCGCCUUUGCUCGAUUGGCCCGGACCGUGAGCAGCGACGACAGUGGCGGCGACCGACUAGGGGGCGAAGACAGUGGCUCAUAUAGAGUGUUUGGCGAGAUCUAGAAACAGAGAGCGGCUACGGCUAAUACCGUGGAUUUUCACUCACAUUCUGUAGUAUUCGCAUACUAAAAACGAUCAAUGUGCAUGACCGGUUGGGAUUUUUUGUUGUUGCUUUUUGUUAUUUCAAGCGCGAAUAAAAAUCGUACCUAAUCGUGCUUCUCAAACAAACGCGCAUGAUGCAGCAAGGAACGUAAUUGGGCAAGUCGGCAUUUCUCAGGAUGACACAGUUGUUCAGCAGGCUCGGCACUACGUCUUUUAAGUGACACAAGCCUUAGUGCUUGUAAGUUUCACAAGUAAGUAUAAAGGAGCAGGUGGUUUCAAAUGUGUGUUUAUUACUGUUAUAACCAAAGCCAAAUCUGGCGUGCCAGAGAAUGGUUUCGGUUCGUCCCUCAAAGUGCACCAUUGUUUCGCCCUCCUAGUUUUCUUGAUAUUGUGUAACUAAUCCCAAAUAUGGCACGUACAGACAGGGAGACGUAAUGUAUUUUUUCGCAAGAGUCCUUUCCUCC